CUACACCUCAGAUGUUCUGAAACCAAGUGCUCCAUUGUGGACAUACUAGUAUUGCAAAUAUUGUUUUGGAUGUUAUGGAUAAACAGGGUACUGGUUCUGACAUCGAAUGGCCACCAAAAUUUUGGGACAAGAUAAUAAUAUCCUUCUCAGUUUCCAUGGCAAUUGGACUCGUGAUUGGAGGGAUAAUCUGGGCGUUGUUUACUUGCUUGUCCCGUCGCAGAGCCAGUGCCCACAUUUCACAGUGGAGCCCCUCAACUUCUACCCGCCGUUCCAGACCUCCUUCUCAUGGUCCAGCUGCCAACAGGCCUGGAUUCUACCGCAACAGCAGCUGUGAACGUCGCAGCAACCUCAGCCUGGCCAGUCUCACCUUCCAACGGCAAGCCUCCCAGGAGCAAGCCAACUCCUUCCCAAGAAAAUCAAGCUUUCGAGCCUCCACUUUCCAUCCCUUUUUGCAGUGUCCUCCACUCCCUGUGGAAACUAACAGUCAGCUGAUUACUCUGACUCCCACUAGCACCACCACUACAGUUGCAGGAAGCACCACCAACAGCUUAAGUCAACCUGAAUUCCACUGGUCUAGCAACAGUCUCCGCAUCUGCCAUUCAACACAAACCCCUCCUCCUGCCUAUGAGACCAUCAUAAAAGCUUUCCCAGACUCUUGAAUUGGACUUUUGUUUUAAAUACUUAGAUAUGGGUAUGCAUACAUAUCUUAGAAAGAACCUCCACCACCCAAGACAGAUUUUCUGUGUGCUUAGAGGACAUCGGUGAACCCUUCCUGUUGCUGUAGUAUGCUGCAAAAAGGACAUACAUUGGUGAGAUGCAGGUGACACUGAUUCAUUAAACAAGAUGCAGUAUUCUGUUGCCUCAACAAACCUUCUUCUCCAAGUUACUGCUCUGCAGUGUAGAUGUGUAUUUAUAUUAUCCUUUGAAUUAGUAACAGCUGUAGGGCUUCUAAUGUAGAGGGAAAAUCUUCUAUACUUUAAGAAACUGGUGACUAAUAGAAGAAAUGAGCCAGGUUAAGAGUACUUUGUUGCUACCCAUUCAUUAAUUUCCUUCAAAGUUCACUCUUUGUCUUUGUGUUUGGGUUGUUUUGGGAGUCCUGUUUUUAAACAUUUUGUCUGUGAGUUUUAGAUUCUCAGGCCCGGUACAGAGUGAUCAGAGUGAUCCACCAGUAUAAGUGAUCAGAAACUAAUCUAUACCCAUAACUGAACAGAAGUUUGACACACACAGACUGGUUUAAACAUAGUGGAACCCUGUCUAAGAUUUGCUUCCCUCCCCCCAGCUCCCCACCAAAGGCUGAACAUGUAUUCUGCUUGCAACCGAUCUAAACUACACCACUUAUAGAAAACCAUGUAAUUUAGAUUGAUUCUGCCUUGGGGCUUUUGAAUGUCUGUACAGAGCCUCAGUAGUUACUUUGUUUUAUCCCUUACACAAAGGACUUUAUUCUUUACAUCCCUUUGACCUCCUGUACUCAAACAUUCCCAGGAACCUCUGAGCAGAGCCAUGGUUUAAAGUCAUUUUAGAGUUCCAGUUUUGUAAUGGGUAAUGCAGGUCCCAUUUUAAUGUUUGUAUUGGCUCCGAAUUACACCAAACAAUUCUUGCUUACACAGAAUUCUCCAAAAGAGGAAUCAUAAACAUUUUCCAACAGGGAAUUGGAAUGCACCAGCUUGGCCCUGAGGUGGAUGGACCUGAGGAUCCACUGGUUUUCCAUGCCACCUAGUUGUAUUGCAGUGCAAAAAAAAGAGCUGCCUACCAGUGAAGGGAGUGCAUCAUGGUACCCCGCCAUGAUGCACUGUGGGCAGAGUGCUCUACCUCCAAAAACUGCUGAAAUCAUGACUCCAUGUGCCAAAUCCAAAGGUUCCACAGGCUGGAUGUGUCCUAUGGAGCAUAGGUUGCGACCCUUGAUAUGAAUUGUGGCCAAAAAAGGUAAAGCAUUAAAAAAAUUGUGAAAAAGAGGUAUCUCUAACCAAGUAAAAAAUUAAUGACAAAUUAAUUAAUGAAAAAUAAACACUAUAUAGACACUAUAUUCUGUAAUCAGCAGAAUGAGUAGUUACAUUUUAUUACCGUAUAAGGCAACGAAGAGCAGAACCCUUGACAUUUCUCUCUCAGACUUGGUCAGCAAGAUAAACAGCAUGAAUGGCAACUAUUUUUAAUUAAGCUUCCUGAUUUGCUAUGGGAAUACUCAUUUCCGCUCUUUAAAUUGUAUUUCUCAUGCUGCGCAAAUGUUUCAUCCUUCCUGGAAUACUACUCAGUGAAACACUGUAUUUUGCUAAAGGGAAAUGGCUUAGACAACAAGGGUAAAAUUCUGAUUCUAUUAAUGUCAAUGGUAAAACUCUCAAGACUCAGAUUUCAACAUUUCUGUGUUUACUUAUACAACUGCUUUAGUAUGUAAAGAUAUGAAUAGGGUAUUUAGAAUAGAUUAAUGCAGACUUUGACUUUCAGGAAGGUAGAGCAAUUACAACAGGUUUCCCAUGGGCAUAGAAGUGGCAGAUUCCACUGACAUGGGAGAACAUCAGGUUUUGGAGCAAGGGAGAAAGACAAACUCAUUCAAUUUGUUCUAGGUCCUAAUAACUGCAAUGAGGGCUGUAUUAGUCCCAUAAUGAACAGUUUUAUGUUUGAAUGCCGGGAAGGGAGUUUCAACAUAAAGGAUGCCAACUGGAAGAACAACACUGCUCAUUCCUGGAAUAUUAAUAACUUUAGCUCCUGUGAAGAAUUGGGAAAAGAGUUAUUAGUUACAGUGGGCUUGAGUUAUUAGUUACAGGUCCUUAAUGAGAACCAGCAACUGCAGCUGUAGUCAAUGGGAACAACAGGCACUCAGCAAUUCUCAGGAGCAGGCAAGUUGCUUAUCAUUCAAGAUUCCUACGCUUUCAGUGGGUGUUGCGAGCACAUCACCUUGAAGUGCUUUACAUCUUUCAUGAGCGGGCCCUGAGUCACCAGUAUUGAUCUUUGCACUUUAGUUUCCAAGCCUGCUGUUUUCUCUUUGCAAAUAUCACUACUAGUUCUAAACAACCUUCCCAACUUUUUUAAAGGAAAAAUAUUUUGCAUUCAGUAUACUGUCUGCCUUUUUUAAUGUGCACCUUUUUUCCUUUAUAAAAUUAAAUUUGAUUGUGAGAAAUACAUAUCAUUCAUAAAGUUUGUAUCCAGUGUUUUGCUGCAGAAAGUAUGGAUUCUAAUAAACUAAGGGCCACUAAUGGUUCUGACUUCAGUCAGAAGAAGGCUUCUGCUAUUGUAUUAUACAUUUCAUUUUUUAAAAUGUUUCUGGGUAGGCUUCACUGCACCCCAAAUACAUCUGCACAGUGUCUAAUGUCCCUCUGAAAGGUAAUACCACCUGUUGUAAUGUCUAUGAUACAAUAAAGUCUAUUUCUGUUCUGCUGGUAAUUCAUUUCAGCGGACUAUUCAUAUGAGAAGUGAGAGGAGGAUAUGGUCCACAGUAUGUAACCAAGUUAUUUCAAAGUGAUUGCUCCUUGCCAUUGAAAUAAUUACAAAAAAAAAGUAAAUAUUUACUUGUGGUAGACAAAUACAAGAUUUGCAGUAUAACCAUAUAUUAUUUCUUGUAUUAAACUAUAGUUAGAAAGUAAUAUAGGAGGAAAGGCUAUAAUGUUCUGUAUUUUUUCCUUUAGAAAUCCAUACUGGCCACAAAAACUGUUUUAUUUCCCCUGGAUCACAGAAACUAGAACAUGAAUUCUUUGGUGCAUAACCAAUAUGGAUGUCAACUGCUUAACUAACAGCAUGAGCAAAAACUGAGAUUAAUAUUUUGUAAGCAUUGUGGAAACUUUGGAAUGUGAAAUAAAGGUAGAAACUGUAAUCUG